AUGCAAAGCGGGCAGGCCACUGAACUGCUGAAAUUCCUGCUCAACAAUGUCAGCAAUCAUGCAUGCCUCCAUGAUGUUCCAGCAUGCAAUGAAUUGUUGAAAUUCCUGCUCAACAAUGUCAGCAAUCAUGCAUGCCUCCAUGAUGUUCCAGCAUGCAAUGAAUUGUUGAAAUUCCUGCUCAACAAUGUCAGCAAUGUAUAUCUGGAUCAGCUUGGGAUGAGCUGA